AUGAAGGGCAAGAAGUUUCUUAGCCUGCGGGACAGGAAUGGCACUCACCGCAGAAGCAAGUCGUCAGAGCCAGGACACAAGAACCGACCACUCUCUGCCGAGGCUUUCCGAGCGCUAUUCAAGAGCGACCGGCCACCGAGCGACGACGAGGUCAGAGAGAAGGAGACGGCAAAGGUCGAAGACAUCACACGCCUCCUUGCCGAGUCCAACAUCACCGAUGUAUCUGCAGAGCACAUUCGCGACUCCCUGAACAGCAAAUUCGCCGAAGGCGAUGUCGACAAGACGGUUGAAUUUAUCCAGCUGCAAUGCAAGGCAAUGGCCGGGAAGAUCACACACUACAACCCGCAAGUCGAAAUGGUUGGCGCGGAGAAUAGGGGCAAUGUCACUUGCUAUCUCGACUCCCUACUCUUCGCCAUGUUUGCGAAGCUGGACGCCUUCGAAUGCAUGCUAAAGAACGAAUUUACCGACGAACCAAGGCGCAGACUGGUCACGCUCCUUCGGUUGUGGGUGAACAUGCUCAGAAGCGGAAAGAUGAUCCACACAGACAUGACGAAAUUGAUUCAAGAUGCACUCGCAGACUGUGGUUGGAGCGACGCCAAGCUGCUAGAACAGCAGGACACCUCCGAAGCCUUCGCGUUCGUUACCGAAACCCUCCAACUACCCCUGUUGCAACUACAAGUCGACCUCUUCCACCAAGGAAAGAAUGACAAAGACGAUCACAAGCUAGUCUACGAACGACUUUUGAACUUGGCAGUGCCUCCCGACCCCGAAGGCAAGGGGAUCAGACUCGAGGACUGCUUAGAGGAAUAUUUCAAUACACAGGUGGAUGUGCUGAGAGACAGCCACGAAGAGAAGAAAGAGUUGGAGAGGUCACUUUCGAGCAAGGACACCGUACGGCUGGUCACCAGAGAGGACGGGCAGGAGUCGGAGGCUACAGAUACCCUGAGCGCGUCACCCCUUCCGCUGUCCCCGGUGCUUGAACGCCAGUGGACAGCCUCGCAGCCAUCAAAUGGCGCUCCUGAGUCGCCUAGUGGCCCUUCGCGGCCGACUCCCAGGCACCGCUCAACUAGUGUUAUCCAGCGGGUUGUGCUGGAAGACAAGGAUCAAGCCAAAGACUCCGACACAUCAAGCAUGCUGGAAAAGGCACGGCGGACGAGCUCUACCGUGGUUAAGGCUGUGACGAUCCCCGCCUGGCAGUUUUUUAAGCUGAUUCCUUGGCAUGCUGCUGGAAACAAGGAGCCCAAGAACGACAUGGAUGUUGCCAUGAACUUCAACCAGCGACCUGUAGUCGGUAUUUGCCUCAAGCGGUAUAUGAUGACGAACUCCGGCAUCCCGCAGCGUCAGAACACGUUCAUCGAUAUCCCCGACAGCUUGAGACUGCCACAGUUCAUGCUCGGGGAGGAGACACAGCUCCAAGAGGACCCCAGUGGCUUCAGCAUGGAGUACAAACUGGUGCUUCAGUCCGUAGUCUGCCAUCGUGGUGACUCGCUGUACAGCGGACACUACAUCUCAUUCGCGAGAGUCGCCCCUAAGCUUCUUACCGACAACAGGCGGCACGAACUCGAUCCGCCUCCCGACUACGAAGAGGCGCAAUGGGUCAAGUUCGACGACCUGGACAUCGAGAACAGGGUAACAUAUGUGGAUGACAUCAAGCAGGCGCUGAAGGACGAGAUGCCGUACCUACUAUUUUACCAGAUAGUGCCGAUGGUCGAGGUUGCGUCAACGGAGGAGACCGAGACGGAGCCGCCUUCGUACAAUGAGUCCAAGGUCAGCGUCAACUUGCCGGUUACGCCCAAUCCCGUCAACGGUACCCAUUCGGGAAUGUCAUCCUCAAAGAGCGACUACUUUGAGAACACGUCUAUAUCGCCGCCCAAAGCCCCAAGCAUCCGCUUUUCGUCAGAACUGGAGAGGCCCAGCCGCAUCAGUUUUGGCGAUGACGAGCUAUACUUGGGGUUCAAGGAUUCCCGUCGUGGCAGCGUCAACUUCACGGAUUCGACACUGGGCACUCCGGCAAUCACUCCAGAGGCCGUCUCGCCUGCCGUUACACCAGGCGAGGAAACGACGGCUCAACGACUUUCUCGCGCCGCAGCCCUUUUCACAGGCAAGAACAAGAGCAGGCCUACGAGUCAGGCGGGCGAAGGGCGCAUCAGCCUCACCAUGUCUCGAAUCGGAGGACUCAUGCGGCAAAGCAAAGAGCCGCUGCGCGACCCCAACGGCAACGUGAGCAGCAACGCGCUUGCGGCCUCCGUCAGCGCCCCUGUGCCCGAUUCAGUGACCGAAGAGGAGUUUGUCGAGAACGCAGAUACGGAUCAAACUCCGGUUGCAGAUCCGGAGAGAAAGGACUCGAAAGAUUUCAAGGAGAGGCGAUCAUCAGAACACCACCAUAAGCAUGGACAUAGGCGAGGUAAAUCCAAGAACCGCUCCACGGAGAAGAAGAAGAGCAAGGGUGGGGAGGAGCCGGAGCGGGAGUGCGCGGUCAUGUAG